AAUUUUUUCCAACAGGAAGUUGUGAACAGAGUUUAAAAGCUGCUCCAGGACUGCAGACAUUCACAGGAAGCUGGACCAGCAAUGGCUCUGCUGAAGGUUCUGCUGCUGCUGCUGGUGCUGCUGGUGCUGGGUGUUUCAGUGAACUCAGGUGUUUCUCGGCAGAAGAGAAUCAUUGGAGGUCGAAACUGUCAUGACACAGAGCGUCUGUAUCAUGUUCGGCUGGAGAGCACCAAUGUUACUCAUAGGAUGCGCUGUGGAGGAUCUCUGAUCCACCCUGAGUGGAUCCUGACUGCAACUCACUGCUGGCAGCCAGGAUGGACUAUUAAGGCAGUGUUAAAAGUUCAUCCACGGACUGCUGUGCAGCUAAGACCAGCAAUCCGACUACCUCCUGAGACUUAUAGGCUCUUUGGCAAGCUGCAUGACAUCAUGAUGCUGAAGCUUGAGACACCAGUAACAGAUGUUCCAGUUGCUCCACUACCAGACUGCAACAAUCGUCUUAAAGUAGGCGAUGUUGUUCAGCUGGCAGGAGAGGGAGGAACGACAACCGGCCCCAAUAAUAUGCGAUUGCCCCUCACUGAUGCUAUUCCAUCCGAACUUCAGUGUGUCAACAUGAAAGUUAAUCAGGUUUUGGACGUCAUGAAGUACCGUGGGCAUUUAUUUUCUGCUCAAGCACCAAACAAAGAUAUAUGCUUAGGUGACGAUGGUGGAGCAGCGAUGCACAACGGCAUGAUAUAUGGAGUGAUUGUUAUUGGUGGAGAACCUGUAUGUAUGAAGGACCCAGUUACAAUCAUGGAUGUGUGUGAAUACCAGGGGUGGAUAAAACAUAGACUAUCAUGAAAUAAAAUUCUCAUCAAAUUUCCUCUCGCAUAUAAUUGUAUCUUCAUCAGUUUGAUCCACAUGUUUGUAGAAUUAGAAUAAAUUGUUUUGUUUUCCUUCUCACCUGAUCUUCACCUCCCUAAUGGAGUUUUCUCUUCACCUCAGAAAUGAAAAAUAAAUUAAUAAAUGCAUGAAAAAG